AUGGCCAGGAAACACAUAUGUAGAGAAUGUUACACAGGCUCUGUAAGAUGUCAUUGGACCAAGUACCUGAGAAAUAGAGAUAAGGACGAUCAGAUAUCUACUUAUAAUUUCUUCCGUACUCGGAAAUUGACAGCAAGAGCGGUAAUUUAUUCUGAACUUGGAAGAGUUUUGACAAAGUACAAAGCCAACGUUUUAGUCGAAAUAAAGCAUCCUUGGUACACGGUCGUUGCUGUAGACAAUGACAAGUUCUCCAAGUAUCCAGGACAACCAGACUGGCUUACGGUCAAUGAAGCAAAGCUGAAAAUCCAGGAAUUAUCACUUAAACAUCACUUAUAUAAUGGGAAACCUUUGCCUGAUCCAUACGGUUGCAAAAACCAUUUAUACCAUCUGGGGCUUUAGCAUUACGUAAAGU